AUGUCGGUAUAUAUGGACUACCAGAACAGAGUCGGGCACAAGCUCGGCUCUGGAGCUCCCGCCACAUGGCAGGAGGUUAACCUUGAACGAAAGGAGAGGCUCCGCCGGCUGGCUUUGGAGACAAUAGACCUCAAUAAGGACCCCUAUUUUAUGCGCAACCACUUGGGUCAGUUUGAAUGCCGCCUUUGCCUCACGCUGCACACAAACGAAGGUUCGUAUUUGUCUCAUACCCAGGGGAAAAAGCACCAGACGAAUCUGUCAAGAAGGCUAGCAAAGGAGAAGGCAGAUGCUGUUGUGGCUCCGAUGCCGCUCAAGACAGCCAGCGGCCCCGGUCGUUCCACAGACCGAGUUCGCAUUGGCCGACCAGGUUACCGCGUGACGAAGCUCAGGGAUGAGAGAACGCGCCAGUUUGCUCUGCUUUGUGAAGUUGAGUAUCCGGAAAUUGUUAGAGGCACGAAACCAUACCACAGAUUUAUGUCGGCCUUUGAACAACGUGUUGAAACACCACCAGAUGGGAACUACCAAUUCCUCCUGUUCGCCGCCGAGCCGUACGAGACCAUUGCUUUCAAAAUCCCCAACAUGGAAAUAGACAGAGAUGACCCCAGGCACCACGCUGCCUGGGAUGAGGAGAAGAAAGUCUACACAAUGCAAAUAUUUUUUUCAAAGCGACAGCCCAGGCCGCUACCCGCGUUGCCUCAGCGUCCAACAACUUUCCUGCCUGUUGGAGCCCGAUGGUGA